AUGCUUCUCCUGGUUUUGUCGUGCUCUCUAUCCCUCCUGCAACAGCCUCGCCCGCCGCUCGGGCUCGGCCUCCGCCCGGCGCUGCUCUGCGGCCGCCGAGUUGCGAUCGUGAUGGCUGCAGACGAGGCGGCGGCGCAGCGGGCGGAGCAGGCGGACAGGGCAGCAGCAGCGCUGGCACAGUUGCCACCUGGCCUGUACAACCGCGUGAGCUUUCAGAGCGGCGGCAUGAAGCAGGCCUACGCGGAGGAGGAAUGCCUCGUGCUGUGGGAAGCGCUCAAGGCGUGCUACCCAACCGAGGCGGACGCGCUCGCGGCAGUCGACAAGAACUCGAUGACCGUCAAUCCGUCGAUGAACUCGCCCUCCAAGAUCACCGAGACGCACGCGCUUCUGGCGAGGCUCCUCGUGCUCGGCGGCCUCCUCUCUGUCGUCUCGCUCGCCGGGACGGGGCUGCUCGCGCGGAGGCGCGACCUACGCGCGCGAGGUGUCUUCCGCUCUUCCAGUGAGGAUGAGAAGCUGCGCCGCAUUCGCAGCAAUUGA